GACGGGGUUAGAGCACGUUCGUCCGAAGGUAACACACAGCUACACGAUGUCUGAUGCACCUGUCGCUGUGGAUGCACCAGCAGAGGCUGUGGCACCUUCAAAGCCCGCUAAGGCCGCCAAAAGCCCAGCCAAGAAGAAGGUUUCCAAGCCCAAGAAACCAGCAAACCACCCAAAAUACAGCGAGAUGAUCCGCGAUGCAAUAGUUUCACUGAAGGAACGUGGGGGCGCUUCCCGACAGAAAAUUCUCAAGUACAUUAUGGCAAAUUACAAUGUUGGGAAAGAUGAGAAAAUUGUGAACAGCCAUCUGAAGAUGUCCCUGAAAGCUGGAGUGAAGAACCUAACCCUGAAACAAGCCAAAGGUACAGGUGCAUCUGGGUCAUUUCGCCUGGGACAACAGAAGAGUGAAAAACCAAAGAAACUGAAGAAACCGACUGGAAUCAAACCAAAGACCAAGAAAGUGGUCAAGAAAGUCAAGAAAUCUCCAGCGAAGAAAGCAAAGAAGGAGGGAGAGAAGAAAGUGAAGAAGACGAAGAAGGUGAGCGCCAAGCCCAAGGUGGAGAAGAAAGUAGCAAAACCAAAGCCCAAGAAAGCCAAGUCGCCCGCCAAAAAAGCCGCCAAAGCCAAGCCAAAGAAGACAAAAGCCGCGCCAAAGAAGAAGUGAAGGAUCUGAGAUGGCAAACAUCUGAACAUUUUAUCAACGUCAAACCAUCUAACCUUGUUAUUUUAACAGUGUUAAGUGCUCGUGUUGAAUACUAGAAAAGUUACACUGUAGAGUGCUAAACAUGUUCACGGACAGAACCGUUAGGAAUGUGAUUACUUUUGAGUGCUAUGUGAGCACUGGCAUAAUCAAAGGACCUAUGCAUGGACCUUUCGUGUAAGGUUGCAGGCACUAACAGUGCUGGCACUGACAAGUGCAAAGACGUUUCGAUUUACUGACAUGUACAUUCUUUUCAUCGAUCUUCAUCCAACAAAAUGUAUAGUGCAUGUGCUAAUAAGUUAUUUCAUAUGAUCUCCUUCAUAUAUCAUCCCCAUUGUUAAGUUUAUCAUUUUUUUUUUUUUUAGUAAAAUGACCACGGACUGUUCUCCGUGAUUUCAGCAAAUGUGUGUGGU